AUGCAAAAAUGUUUCUUGAUCUCUUUGGUUUUUUCGGGGAUUCUGGAAUUUGUGAAGUGUGAUACUCCAAUUUCCACGGAUCAGAUUGAAAAGUUAAUAGUGAAAAGGUUCGAGGAGAUGAUAAAAAAUUAUGAUAACAAAAUCGUCCUACUGGAAGAAAAAGUCCAUUCUCAACAGGAAAAAAUCAAAAACCUCGAACUAAACUGUAUUGACAAAAUGUCCAAUAACGAUGAAGAAGGUCGAAAGGAUUUUCGAAAAUAUAGAGAACCAAACCACAGCAGAGAUGAUCAUAAUGAGGUAAUGUCGAACACAAGAAGUCAUGGAAAAUCGGAACAGAAGUCUGUCAAUAACUUUGAGGCAAGGAAAAGGAUUGUACCAGUUCCUGAUAGUUCCAGUAUUGUAGCAUUCUGUGCAUACAUGAGUUCGAAAGAAAUUAGUCCAAGCCUACAUCAUGUUUUCGUGUUCGAUGUUGUAAAAACCAAUAUUGGAUCCGCCUAUAAUAGGAACUCAGGCAUCUUCACUGUCCCGAUGGACGGUACAUACGUGUUUACUUGGAGUGUUUUUUCAGAUUUCAACAGUUAUAUAACAUCACAGAUCGUUAUAAAUUCUCAAGCUUUUGCUAAUAUGAUAACAGAUAGCGAGGAAAUAAGGGACAUUCACUCUACGACAGGGGUGAUAGUUGCAGCACUAAACCAUGGAGAUCUUGUAUAUGUUCGAACACACCCUACUGAUCUUUCACAUGGAAAUGUGUUAAGUCACUCUGUAUACGGGCGGCCAUCUUUUAGUGGAUGGAAAUUGUAAUUCU